AUGGAUACUACCUUGCGACCUGCUCAUGCUCCCCAAACUUCCUCACAGUCUUCUACAUUCUCCUCCUCCUCCACCACAACUCUCGGUUCUUCUUCCAGUCUCAUGGGGACGCUAGAACAGCCUCCACAUCCUUUCAGUCUCCCCGCCAAACCCGUCAACCCUGCCUUUGCGACACCCCUCCAACCGGCCUCGGCCUAUACUACACAGUCCGCCAUGUCGCAGACAAAACCCUUGGCACAAAACUUCUCCGAUCCAGCGUGCGCCUCGGGGUUGUCGAUUGCUUCUCAAGGCAUGAACGACCCUGUACCACGAUCAGAAGUGCCACUUGCGAAUCAAGCUACCGCCGACUAUCCGCACCAAGUAAACGGCCUCGGGGGUGCGACCACAGCGCCUUUCCUUCAAGACUUCACUCUAGUCGCCGAGGCAGCUAAGCGCGCUCAGAUGUCUAUCGUUAUGCGGGAUCUCGAAAGCGUGACUCUCUAG